AUGCCGACCGCACAGCCCCCACCCCCCACCACCGACGCCCACCCCACCCUAACCUGGGAACCCUCCUCCCGCCCCCUCGAGCCGACCACCUCCCACGAACUCCCCGAUGAAGUCAUCACCUGCCUCGAAAGCGCCCGCUUCCUGCACCUCGCCACCUGCACGCACAACCGCCCGCACGUCUCGCUCAUGAACUACACCUACCUCCCGCCCAACUCGCGGCCCACUUCCACCACUCCUUCCUCCACAGCGUCGAGGCUGCCGGCUGGACCGGCGAUAAUAAUGACGAGCAACCCGAGCUCGCGGAAGACGACAAAUCUUGUCGAGAACCCCAACGUCUCCCUCCUCGUCCACGAUUGGGUCAGCUCGCGCCCGCACAACGUGACGUCUUCAUCCAGCGGCCGCGAAGCCUCCCCCACCGGCACCCGCGCCAGCAGUCUCGCCAACAUGCUCAUGCAAAUGAACUCCGCCGCCGUCUCCAGCAUCUCCGCCACGAUAAAUGGGCACGCCACCGUGCUCGAACCCGGGAGCGCAGAAGAUACAUGGUGUCGCGAACAGCACCUCGCGAACAACACGUUCGAAGUCACGGACGCCGUGGGGCGGCAGCAGCAGCGGAGUUUGAGUGCCGGGGAGGGGUUGUUCGGGACGAGUCCGACGGAUGGGAGCGCGGGGGAUGGGGGGAGGGGGAGUUAUAUUGAGGGGGAGGAUGUGAGGGUUGUGGUGGUUAGGAUUAGGGAUGGGAGGAUUAGUGAUUGGAAGGGUGGGGUGAAGGAUUGGGUUAUUGAGGAGGGGGAGGGGGAGGGGGAGGGGGAGGGGGUGAGGGUUAAUGGGGGGAGUUGA